GUCUCUACCUCAUCACCACAUUCUCGUCUACCUGUUCUCGAAGACAAGCUCAACUAAGAUGGUCACCUCCCAGUUGUUCCUUGGCACUGCCGCUACCCUUAUCGCCUCAUCGGCGGCGUUCGUUGCACCGAUCGCGGCGCCGCGAUCCUCCAUUGCGCGUGUCGCUGCGUCUUCGACCCCCAAGAUGACCGCAGGCUCGGACUACGCAGCUUCAUUGCCGGGUGCGCCAUUCGGAAUGGCGGCCGAGGGAAAGUACUUCGACCCUGCAGGGUUGGCUACGAAUCAGGAUCCCGAGACAAUCAAGAAGUGGCGCGAGGCUGAGUUGAAGCACGGCCGCGUGUCGAUGUUGGCUGCUGUGGGUAUCCUUGUCAGCGAGGUAUUCCACCCGCUGUUCAUGGGCCCCGCGUACAUCGGCCCUGCGGUGGAGCACGCUCAGCAAAUCGCGACGGUCUACCCCCUGUUCUGGGUAGCUUCGCUGGGCAUGAUCGCAUUCAUUGAGGGACAGACGAUCAAGGACGCGUGGGGCACCGUCAGCCCCGUGACUGGGGUGGGAAACUUGAAAACCGAGUACUACCCGGGAGACCUUGGGUUCGACCCGCUGGGUCUCGCGCCCAAAGACGGCGAAGACUUCCGGUUGAUCCAGUCUCAGGAGCUCGACCUCGGGCGGUACGCCAUGAUUGGCGUGUUGGGGAUGAUUGUUCAGGAGGUUGUAGACGGGAAGGGUAUUCUGGAGCACAUCGUCUCGCGGAUUUAG